AUCACAAUCAACGGCGGCCAUUGGCGGUCCACUCCUCCCAAUCCCGUCGUCUCUCCGUCACUCUCUCUCACACACAUACACACACUGAGAUCUUUUCCAAUAUUCUAUUGCAACUUGCCUCAGAUUAUCUUCACCUUAAACACACUGAACUCUCACAUAUUCCUUUCUUCCUCCUUUCAAAAUAACAUGAACAAUUCACCCCUAGGGUUUUCACUUUUCACAAAAUCAACAACCUGAAAUCCGACCACCGCAUCGGCGAUAUCGCAUCUUAUCUCACCGGAAUGAAGUCAACCGCCGGCGAACUCAUUCGCCGGAAAAAGUAUCUCAAACAGGUUCUGCUAGGGUUAAUUGUUUUACUCGGUUUGAUUUGUUUAUACAAUGGCGCAACGUUCGCUCCGGCGUUACGGCGAGAGGAGGAAGUUGUUGCGGUGGAUGACGGUACGGAUCCGGUCGUUGGAAGCUUUCUUCCGAAACGUGAUUAUUUCGAUGAGUUGUUUGAAGAUCAUGAACUGAAUCCUGAAGUUCCUAAAAGCUUACCUAUUUGUGAUAUGAGGUAUUCGGAAUUGAUACCGUGUUUGGAUAGACAUCUUAUAUAUCAAAUGAAGCUGAAGCUUAAUUUGAGUUUAAUGGAGCAUUAUGAGCGGCAUUGUCCGCCUGCAGCAAGGAGGUAUAAUUGUCUUAUUCCGCCUCCGGUUGGAUAUAAGAUUCCGGUUAGGUGGCCUCAAAGUAGGGAUGAGGUUUGGAAGGCUAACAUACCUCAUACUCAUCUUGCACAAGAAAAAUCGGAUCAGAAUUGGAUGACGGUGUUUGGGGAAAAGAUUAGGUUUCCUGGUGGAGGAACGCAUUUUCAUAACGGUGCUGAUAAGUACAUAGCUUCGAUUGCAUCGAUGCUCAAGAUUCCUGGUGAUAAACUCAACAAUGGAGGAAAUAUCAGAACCGUUCUCGAUGUGGGUUGUGGUGUUGCAAGUUUCGGGGCUUAUCUUUUACCUCUAGGAAUAAUAGCUAUGUCUCUCGCGCCGAAUGAUGUGCAUCAGAAUCAAAUCCAGUUUGCACUUGAGCGUGGGAUUCCAUCGACAUUAGGAGUCUUGGGUACCAAAAGACUUCCUUACCCAAGUAGAUCAUUUGAACUGGCGCAUUGUUCGCGUUGUAGGAUAGAUUGGCUUCAGAGGGAUGGGAUUCUGCUUUUGGAGUUAGAUAGAUUGCUUAGACCAGGAGGUUAUUUUGUGUAUUCUUCACCGGAAGCGUAUGCACAUGAUGAGGAAAAUAGAAGAAUUUGGAAUGCUAUGCACGAUCUAUUGAAAAGGAUGUGCUGGAGAGUUGUUUCGAGGAGAGAUCAAACGGUUAUAUGGGCUAAAUCACUAAGUAAUAGCUGUUAUCUUAAAAGAGCACCGGGAACCAACCCACCUCUCUGCAGUUCCGAUAACGAUCCAGAUGCCAGUUGGAAUGUGCAGAUGAAAGCAUGCAUUACUCCAUACUCUGCAAAGAUGCAUAAGGGAAAAGGUAGUGGACUUCAACCAUGGCCGAGUAGGAUUAGUGUGCCACCUCCUCGCCUUGAUGAAAUUGGUGUUAGUCAUGAUCAGUUUCAAGAAGACACUAACACAUGGUCUCAGAGAGUGACGGAUUAUUGGAAGCAGAUGAGAUCAGUGAUACAGAAAGAUUCAAUUAGAAAUGUGAUGGAUAUGAACUCAAAUCUCGGUGGAUUUGCCGCUGCUCUCAAGGAAAAAGAUGUUUGGGUGAUGAAUGUUGCUCCGGUUAACGCGUCUUCCAAAUUGAAGAUUAUUUAUGACCGUGGAUUAAUCGGAACGGUUCAUGAUUGGUGUGAAUCUUUCUCUACAUAUCCACGCACUUACGACCUGCUUCACGCAUGGUCGGUUUUUUCAGAGAUCGAGGAUCGUGGCUGCAGUGUGGAAGAUUUACUAAUUGAGAUGGAUCGUAUGCUAAGGCCCGAAGGGUUUGUUAUUAUAAGAGACAAGUCAACUGUAGUUGACCACAUAAGAAAGUUCUUGGCUGCUUUAAGAUGGGAUGGAUAUUCAUUGGAGGUAGAACCAAAAACCGAUGCUCUAUCUCUUAGCGAUGAAAGAGUUGUAAUUGCUAGAAAACAACUAUGGGGAGAUGAUAAUGAUGAUGAAGAGGAGGCUGCAAGAUUUUGAAUCGUUAAUUUUCAAUUAGGUGACAGAGUUCAAACUCAUUAUCAAUUUAUUAUAUUGAGGAUGUUUUGGAUCAAUUAAGGAAGACGGGGAUGCAGAUUGCAGAACGAAUAUUGGACAUAUUUUCUUUCUGAUAUAUUUUUGUUGAAGCGCGUACAUUUGAGUAAAGAAGGGGGUAGCGUGCAGUCAUAGAUGGAUACAUUUUUAUGCAACAAGUCGUGAGAUUUAAUCUUCCCAUGUAUUUGAACAAUUUCAUAUCUAUUUAACUCUUGUUUAUCAUUCACUAGUAGAGUUCUAGUUCUAAUCCUUCUAUGCAUUUGAACAAUUUCAGAUGUAUGGAUAUCUUGUUUACCGUUGAAAUCUAGAACAUGCUCUGUUAUA